UUGAAUGGAUUGCUGCAGUCUCGUUAGCUGCUGGAGCGGCUGCUGUUGGGUAUCUAGCUUACAAAAAAUUUCUCUCUAAAGACAAAUGCUGCAAAGCAAUGGUGAAUCCCCAUAUCCAGAAGGAUAACCCCAAGGUAGUCCAUGCAUUUGAUAUGGAAGAUCUGGGAGACAAGGCCGUGUACUGUCGCUGUUGGAGAUCUAAGAAG